ACUCCAUUGUGUGGGGCGAGUGUGGACAGAGAGAGGAGCAGAUGUUGUCUGCUUAAGGGGAUGGCAAUCCCAAUCCAGUCCUUGACCAGGAGCUGUCCUGUCACUGGGAUUGAGAGGAGCCCGGGGCACCAGGUCCAGGACUCUGCCUCAGUCCGUGGUGCUUCUCUCCCCAAGCUUCCUGCACCCCGCCCAGCUUGAGUCAAUGUGGAAGAAGAUUGUGAGACCAAACACAGGCUAGACAAGGAAGUGAAGAGGCCUCAAAAAGCAGAAGUGGGCUGUGGAGACUGGACCUUCUGUGAGGAGGCUUGAAAUUGUCCCCCCUCUGGAACCUGGCAUUGCUGUAGGUGAUGUCCCCCCUCAGGGGCCUGGCAUUGCUGUGGGUGACGUCUGUGCUGCAGACAUGACCCCGAGAGACGGGAGGCCUUGGCUGCCUGUAGCUCUGCUCCUUCUGCAGGUCCCAGGUUGUUGGUGUCUCAGUGGCCCCACCUCCAUGACGGGCACCGUGGGGGGAUCCCUGAGCGUGCAGUGUCAGUACGAGGAGAAAUUCAGAGAGAUUGCCAAAUACUGGUGCAAGAGCCCAUGUUUGGGGGAUAUUGUGAAGAUUGAAAAGUCAGACAAAGAAGUGAGGAGCGGCCGGGUGUCCAUCAGGGACCAUCCUGCAAACUUCACCUUCACAGUGACCUUGGAGAACCUCACAGAAGGUGAUGCAGGAACAUACCGGUGUGGGAUCGAUACAUCAUGGCUCCCAGGAUAUAUGAUCGACCUCACCUUCCGUGUUGUGGUGUCUGUGACCCCAGGCCCCAGCUCCGUGAGGCCCACCAGCACCCCAGGUCUUCACAGGACGCUGCCAGUCCCCACGUGGGGCACCGCGACUCUGGAGGAGACCCCCAAUCCCAGACAAUAUCCUGGGUCCCUGCUCGGCAGCGUCCACUUCCUGCUCCUCAUUCUCCUGAAGGUGCCCCUGUUUCUGAUUAUGCUCAGUGCCGUCCUCUGGGUCAACAGGCCUCAGUGGGCAGUUUGUGGGACACAGAGUCGGCCUGAUGAAGACAACUUGCGGCCCUCCUUGAGCAUCGAUAUCCUGUCCAGAGACACCGCCACUCAGACUAGAGGAGGAAGAACUUCUGGCCCCAAACCUACCUCUUCCCACCUAUUGCCAAAAACGGGUAAAAAUAAAUAAAUAAAUAAAUAAAUAAAUAAAUAAAUAAAUAAAUAAAUAAAUAAAUACUUGAAAAAAGCAAUGAAAUACAUGACACACACAAGUAGAUGUGCGUGGUGGUUUGCUGGGGAGAAUGGGGGAAGCACUCCCUAAGACUCUGAACUUGGCAGUAGAGAGCGCCAAGUUGGCCAGGGGAGCCCAGGGUGAGGGAGGGCCUGCUUUUUGGUGACCUUGCCCUCCUGAGAACCCCCAGUGCAACCCCUCAACUCAACAAUCCUUCCUUUCUCCA